UGGUUAAAAUGUGACUGGACAUUGGUCAACCCUCAAUGUACGCCUACGGUACAGGUCAAAAGCAUUAUCGUUUAAACCGGCAGCGUAUAUAUGGGCAGGGAAGCAGGCAGUCAGCCCCAGAGGGACCGACACACCACAACACAGCAGCGGCAAAGACUUCAUCCAUCAGCCAUGAGGGUCAUCAGCGUUGGUCCAGACCCAUCGCUGGCUUAUCGGCCAAACUUGGAGAAGAAGGAAAACAAAGAGAAGGAAGACUACAGAAACUUCCAGACUGGAAGCCUAAUUGACCGUGUCUUCGGCACAUACAAGUUGAUGCACACCAACCAAACCCUGGACUUUGUAAAGCAAAAGCACUCUGAAUGGACCAGCUGCAACCACACUCAGAUGGGGAUGAUGGACGCCAUCAUGUCUCUAGACCGGCUGGUAGACGAAUCUGAUCCUGAUGUGGACUUCCCCAACUCUUUUCACGCCUUCCAGACUGCUGAGGGCAUCCGCCGAGCACACCCAGACAAAGACUGGUUCCAGUUGGUGGGUCUGAUUCAUGAUGUUGGGAAGAUCAUGGCUCUUUGGGAUGAACCCCAGUGGGCUGUAGUGGGUGACACCUUCCCUGUGGGAUGCAAGUAUCAAAACUCUAUUGUGUUCCGAGACAACACCUUCCUGGAAAACCCAGACAACAAAAAUCCCAGCUACAAUACUGAACAUGGGAUCUAUGAACCUAACUGUGGGCUCGACAAAGUCCUCAUGUCCUGGGGCCAUGAUGAGUAUCUCUACAGAGUUAUGAAGUUCAACAACUGCUUGAUCCCAGAGGAGGGUUUGUACAUGAUCCGCUUCCACUCAUUCUACCCCUGGCAUUCCCAUGGAGACUACAUGCACCUGUGCAAUGACAAAGACCUGUGUAUGCUGCCCUGGGUCCAAGAGUUCAACAAAUUUGAUCUGUACACCAAGACCACUGAUCUGCCCGAUGUCAACAAACUGAAGCCUUACUACCAGUCUCUCAUCAACAAGUACUGCCCUGGAAUACUGAAGUGGUGAAACAGACAAAGAAGAACUCAACGGUGACACUAUAUUGUGAGAAUUCAGCUGUUAGAGAGGAUGACUGUAGCUGAUGUGUAACUCAGAAGGAUUUAAGGUGCUUUAUAACACUAUAGCUGGACUUAUUACUUCCUGUACACACGUAUUACUUAUCACUGAAUAUACAUACAAGUUCUUAAAAUUAUACUGGUGUGUGUAUAUA